GGUUUUAGCGCCCAGCCUCCAACGGCUUUUCCCCUUCCGGCUGCGGGAGCCAGCUUCGCCACACCGUCUGCUCCUGGCCUGGGCCCUGCUCUGACCCCGACGUUUCCUGAGGCCACCCAGCCAUCCAGGCCCGUCACUCCAACGGGUUACGGUGGGUACCAGCCCUACUCCGGCCAGGACCUCGGUUACAGCAGCCAGCCCCAGGAGCCUGCACCGGCACCCUCCACAGCUCCCUCCUACCAGGACAGCUACAGCUAUGGACCAUCAACAGCCGCCAGUGGCUAUGAGAACAAACAGUACCCACCACCUGCUGCUGGCCAGCCUCCGCUCCCUGCCACCGCCACACUCUGCCCUCCAGGGACCCAAGGAGCCUAUGGUGGUGGUGGGUAUGGCCAAGUGCAGCCCCUGCCGCAGGCGCCCUCUGCUGAGGCCGGGCAGCCAGCCAGUACCGCAGCCUUCGGCUACACCUGCCCCCCGGCGAGCAGCGCUCAGCCCGCAGCUGCCUCUGUCUCCACCCUAUGCAGCCCCUGCCUGCCCUGGGGCCCCCCCAGCCACCACCGCCGCCGCCACCGCCGCCGCCGUCCACCCCCCGAGCAGCACCCCCUACUCCCAAAGCCUGUGGACUUGUCCCCGUGGGGCGGCUCAGGAAGCAGUCCCAGUGCUGGUUCUGCUGACAGCUUCGCCGAAAAUCUAUCAGUUCCCACUAGGCUGCUGAAACCCAGGGGUGGUCCCAAGCAGCCCCCACUUCAUUACUGUGACAUCUGCAAGAUCAGCUGUGCUGGUCCCCAGACCUACCGUGAGCACCUGGAAGGGCAGAAGCACAAAAAGAAAGAGGCGGCUCAGAAGAUGGGCGUCCAGCCCAACGGCAGCCCGCGAGGGGUGCAGGCGCAGCUGCACUGCGACCUGUGUGCCGUGUCCUGCACCGGAGCAGAGGCCUACGCCGCCCACAUGCGGGGGGCCAAGCACCAGAAGGUCUUCAAGCUGCACACCAAAUUGGGGAAGCCCAUUCCUGCCACAGCACCGGCGCCAGGGAGCGCCAGCUCGGCCCCGGCCUCCUGCACCACCGAGAGCCCCGCCGCGGCCCCUGCUGGCCCUGGAGUGUGCGCCCCAAGCCAGCCAACGCCCGCCAAGAAAACUGUGGCCUCGAAGGCCUCCUGCGUAGGGCCUCCUGCGCUGCAGGCAGCAGACUGCAGACCCCUGGAGGGGAAGCCGACACACCCCAGAUCAGAGCGGCCCGGAGAACCGCCUGCCUGUGGGGGCCCUGCAGAAGCUUCUGGAAGCUGCAGUGGUGCACAGCCGGUGGGCCCAGGCUACGUGGAGGAGGUGUGCAACGAGGAAGGCAGAGUGAUCCGGUUCCACUGCAAACUAUGCGAGUGCAGCUUCAACGACGCCAACGCCAGGGACAUGCAUGUGAGGGGGCGGCGGCACCGGCUGCAGUACAAGAAAAAAGUGGACCCUGAUCUCCCCAUUGCCGACAAGCCCAGCGCCAGGGUCCGGAAGCUCCUGGAGGAGAGGCUGAGGAAGCAGCGACAGCUGACCAAGCGGCGGCUGGGGGAGCUGCGGCGCUGGCACAGCGAGAUGAGGCGCUACGACUUGUGCAAGAGGCGUCUGGAAGAGGAGCCGCAGGUCCAGGAUGCGCACUCCGCUCGCUCGCCACCCCCUCAGCACCUGCUUCUCCUCAGGAGCAGGCCGGGUGUGCCCGCAGCCAAGCCUCUGCCCACGAGGCGGCCGGAAUCCAGCGACGACCGGCACGUCAUGUGCAAGCACGCAGCCAUCUACCCCUCAGAGGGGGAGCUCCUGGCAGCGCAGAAGGCCGUCUCCCACUCGGAGCGCGCCCUCAAGCUGGUGUCCGACACGCUGGCCCAGGAGGACUCCGCGGGCCCAGAGCCGCAGGGUGGGGAGCACAGCUGCCCUGGCCCCUCCGCUCGGAUCCUGAAAGGCGUGAUGCGGGUCGGCCUCCUGGCGAAGGGCCUCCUCCUGCGGGGCGACAGGACUGUGCAGCUGAUCCUGCUCUGCUCCCAGAAGCCCACCCGCACCCUGCUGCGCAGAGUCGCUGAGCAACUGCCCCGCCAGCUCCCGAUGGUGACAGAGGACAAAUACGAGGUCUCCUCCGACCCUGAAGCCAACAUCAUCAUCUCUUCCUGUGAGGAGCCCCGGAUGCAGGUCACCGUGUCCAUCACCUCACCCCUGAUGCGAGAGGACCCCUCUGCAGACCAAGAAGGAAUGGAGGGCCCUCCGCCCGACCCGGGCGACGUCCUGAGCCCAGAGAGAUGCCUCCAGUCGCUGGCUGCCCUCCGCCACGCCAAGUGGUUCCAGGCCAGAGCCAGCGGCCUGCAGCCCUGUGUGAUCGUCAUCAGGGUCUUUCGGGACCUCUGCCAGCGCGUGCCCACCUGGGGGGCCCUGCCGGACUGGGCCAUGGAGCUGCUGGUGGAGAAGGCUCUGAGCAGCGCGAUGGGGCCUCUGAGCCCUGGGGACGCCGUGAGACGGGUCUUGGAGUGCGUGGCCUCGGGGACGCUCCUGACAGAUGGGCCCGGGCUCCAGGAUCCCUGCGAGAGAGACCAGAUGGACGCCCUGGGGUCCAUGACCCUCCAGGAGCGGGAGGACAUCACAGCCAGUGCCCAGCACGCCCUGCGCAUGUUGGCGUUCCGGCAGAUCCACAAGAUCCUGGGCAUGGACCCUCUGCCGCCCCCCAAAAGCCGGCUGGGGGCGCGCUUCCGGAAGAGGCCGCGGGAGGCGGGCGAGGCCGAGGAGGGUGCCGGUCAGAGGAAGCGGGCCGGUGGGGUGGAGAGGGGCCCCUGUGAGCAGCCUCGCCUCCCCAGCGGAACCUGACGGGCCGCUAAGUGGCUGCUACGCCCCUGACAUGGGACACUUGUGUUUUCCUUUCAGUAAUGUUCCGUAGAUUUCUUUUAAAACGCUUGUGCUUAAAUCACUCGCGGAAUCUCUUCAUCCGGAGAUUUGAGCUGCAGGGCAGCACCCCGCACCCCGAGGCCUGCCUUGGCCCUGGCUAGAAGGUGCAGCACAACUUUUAACCCUGGUACUCCCUGCUACCUUUAAACGCCCUGCGGCCUGCGGAGGGUGUGGGGUUUCUCCGUUGCUUCGUGUGGACACCCUAGCCAUGUGUGGACUUGAAAUCAUUUUGGCGGGCCCGUCGGGGGCCCCACAUCAGGAAACCAGGCCUCAGAAGGCAAGUCAGGAGGAUCUGGGGUAGUGCCCAAGCCUGAGGGCUCCACACACCCCGCCCCAGCCUGGAGGUGGCCCCUGGCCAGGGUCUGCAGGGCCGAAUCUGGGCUCGUCCCUCGGCCCCUGUGGGGAGGGCCACAGAGCCAGAGGGCGGUGAGGAUGCGAGCUGGCUGCUCCCUCGAGCCCUGGGAACAUCUGAGACCCCACGGUACUGCACCCCGUGCACCCCGCCUUCCGCCCCAGGAGGAGCCGCUCUGUGUGUCUCCCUCAGGGCUGCUUUGCCUUUAUCUUUCUCCCGCUCUCCCUGUGGAGGUGCAGCCCAGUGGGCCUAGGGCUCAGCUCUUGGGGGGCAGGGCCUGGGGGGCACGCCUGGUGUGGGACACCAGGGGAGGACACCCCUGCCUGGCCCCCACCCUGAUCUGUCCAAACCUCCCUCUUGGUGACGAUUUCUCUUGGACCGCUGCCCAGUGGUGCUGAAGGAGAAAAGUCCGUCUUUGGGCCACCAGGAUCUCUGGUUGCCUGAUGGCUUCAAGUUCGUUCCUGUGUUUAAGGGACAGCCUGUGUGUGGCUUCACGUGUAAUGUCUUCGUGGAGCUGCCUGGAAGUUUGGAGGGGAAUAAACAAAAUACGCUUCUC